AUGAGGCCCUAAGACGGCAGAUUACCACUGUUUAUCCAAAAUUAACGUCUGCACGAUCCGAAAUUCUGAGUGGCGGCGGGUUUGACUUACCUCGUAUUGACUUGAUAAUGAAACCCGUGAUGAGGCACUUCGCAUCACAUACUGGAUCGGUGAUGUAGGAUGCGUAUAUAAAUCCAUGCACACACACUCUCUCUUUCUCUCAGGCUCAGCUAAGUCAGUGCAUCUACCUCCAACUCCAUCAGUCGUUUCCAACCAACAUCCAAAAUGAACAAGUUUCUCACCCUCGUCGCCCUCCUGGCAACUACAGCUCUCGCGACAAACCGCAGUCCAGCCCUGGCCGCCCGUCAGGUAGUUGAGCUUCCCUGUUCCUACCAGGGUGAAAAGGACUGUGGCCAGAAUUGCAUUCCUCUCUCCUACACCUGCUGCCCCAAUGGGCUCGGUGGCUGUCCCCCGGGCUCCUACUGUGAUGGCCUGGGCUGCUGUCCUAUUGGAAAUAUUUGCACUGGUCCAGGAGGCGUCACCACUCGCCCCGGGUCGACUCUCUCUAUUACUAGCACUCUGACAAACACUCUCACGGAUAUCCUCACAAAUACCUUGACCUAUACCAGUACCUCAUCUAGCGAGGUCGAGACUCUAACUUCUACUCCUAACUCUCCCCCUACGCCUAACUCGAACCCCUCGUCACCGCGGAGCGUCAUCCCCUCCAGCCCGAGCGCAGUGUCCCCCUCAUCGUCUACCCCGGCUGUGUCGACUACUUCUCCGCUUCAUACUGGCGCAGCUUCGCACUUGACCCCGGGCUUCUAUGCCGCUGCUGGCCUUAUUGCUGGCGUUGCCAUUCUGUAAAUGGACAAGCCUCGUUCCAUGGUAGCAUGGCUUAUGCAAGUAUGCGGCGGAGAUCUAUUAUGGGACCCAUCGGUCUACUGGAUAUACCGAGAUGCCUCUAUUGACAUGACAAGGGGUGAGAGGGAAAUGGCGCUAAGAAGUUAAUAGAGUGUAUACUUUAAUAUUAUAUAAUAUGUCGAUUUUCC